AGGUGUCCUGCCCACCAUGCUGACUGCGCUGGCCCCGCUAGCCCUUCCUGGGCUCUCAAGGCGGUUGCCUGCCCCUGCGGGGCGUCAGGACUCGUCCGGUUCGUCCGGCUCCUACCACACAGCUCCGGGUUCUCCGGAGCCCCCGGACAUUGGGCCGGACACAGAAGGCCGGGGGACUUGGCUCUGGGUGGCUCCUGGGCGGGGGGCGGGCGCGCAGCCUGUCCUGUCCGUCAGCGCCCAGAAUAGCCGCCAGCAGCACUGCUCCGGCUCGGGUUUCCCGCGAGGCCCGGGCUCCGGCCCGUCGCCGCCCCGGCCCCAGCUGCGCAUGCUGCCGUCGGGGGAGAUGGAAGUCAUCUUCGGCGCGGGGCCUCUGUUCAGCCGCUCGGACGCGGAGAAUCUGGAGGAGCAACAGCUCAUGGCGCCUACCUUCAGCAGUCCCCUGCUGCCCGGUCCAGCGUCUCCUGCCUCUGUCUCGUCUCAGCCGCAGGUCCCCGACGGGGGUUCUCGCUGGGCCACCUACCUGGAGCUGCCGCCCCGCGAGCCGAGUCCUGCAGUCUCAGGCCAGUACGAGUGUGUGGAGGUGGCCCUGGAGGAGCGCACCGCGCCCGUUAGAGCCCGCACGGUGCCGAAACGUCAGAUCGAGCUGCGUCCGCGGCCUCGGAGUCCCUCGCAGGACAGUCACGCGCCGCGUCCCCGACUGCUCCUGCGCACCGGCUCCCUGGACGAGUCUCUGAGCCGGUUGCAGGCCGCCGCGGGCAUCGUGCAGACGGCGCUGGCCAGAAAGCUGGGCUCUGCGGUCCCAGCCGCCAGCAACGUCACUUUUAAGUCUACCGGCAAGUCAGAAUCCACGACGAACUCUCAGGAGACGACAGCCAGCACUCGUGCGGUCCCGGAAGAGGCUAAGUCUCGGCCACCCCGCGCGCACAAUAAUUCUGUCUCCGCCAGAGCCCCGCGCCCUUGGCCUAGCCUCCGAGAGCGAGCGAUUCGGCGGGACAAGCCGGCUCCCGGCACCGAGCCUCUGGGUCCAGUUAGUUCCAGCAUCUUUCUGCAGUCAGAGGAGAAAAUUCAUCAGGCUCACAAACAGGAAUCCAAGACCCAGUUCCCCCGCGAGAAUCCCGAUCGAACCGUGCCCAGGGCACGGAGUUCUCCUUUCCAUUCUAGAGAUUCCCGAGUGGUUCCCAGUAGAGUCGUGAGGCCAAGGAGCCCAUCUCCUCCGCAGCAGGCUCCAAACGGGGCCGUCCGGGGUCUUCGCUGCCCGUCUCCCCAGAACCUCCCACAACCUCAUAAGAUUGUUUGGAGAACGAGUAGCCCGGCCUUCCCUGGCGCAUCCUCUGCGUGGGAAAAUCGGAAUGCCUCCGUCGAGGAAGUCGGCAGCAGAAGGACCCCUUCCCCUCCUCCACUUUCCCAAUGGACUCAGGGUGUCGCUAGAGCUGGGAACUCAUGUCCCGAAGCUCCUCUUGUGUGGAAGGUUCCGAACUCGAGAGGCGGAGAUGUAGUGGGGCUGAGUAGGGACUCGUCCCUGCCGGCCCUGCUCCCACGGGACUCACCUCAUCCUAUUGAAACGCGUAGCCCAUCGCCCGGAGAGAUGAGUCCUGUUGUGCAGGGUUCAUCGACGGCAUUGGGUCAGGAAGCUAUGAAUGGCCUAACUCAGGAGCUGGAGCCACCUACACCGUCAGCACCCGGGACUCCAGAGCUCACAGAGGCGCAGUGUCUGCUCUCACUGGAAAAUGCGGAUAUUGCCUUCAGAGUUGGUCAGCGGUCUCCAGAUGUAGACACACCGGAACAGCCCCGAAGUCAUCUCACAAGCACUCUAGAUGACGAUGUAGGCCCAGAAGCCCUGGGCUCCGGAGAAGCAGCAUCUGGGCGUCCGCGCGUGACCAUUCCGCGGCCGAGAGACGUGCGCAAGAUGGUUAAGACUACUUACGCGCCAAGCUUCGCUGCAGGGACCCCAGGCUCCGGGCUUCCCGCGCCUCCUGCAGACACCUGCGGGGAGGACAGUGAUGCAUCCAAAACGCACAAGCUUCCGGCACUCGAGUCGCCCGCCCCGGCGCAUUACACUUCCAUUUUUCUCAAGGACUUUCUGCCUGUGGUACCUCAUCCGUACGAGUCACCAGAGCCUUCACUCCAUGCAACCCCUAAGGAUGCCUCCCAGUCCAGCGGAGUCCCGAGGCGGAGAGCAGAGAACAGUACCGCGAAGCCUUUCGCUCGCAGUGAGAUCCGCUUGCCUGGCUCUCUAGCCUUCGGCCAACGGCGGGAGAAAACCGCGUGUGUCCAAAGACGCGGUCCUGGAGGAGAAAACCCAGAUGCUGAGACCCAGCGCCUGGUCCCGGACCGCGAGGGUCGGACCAGCCCUUUAGGGGGCGCUCGCACUUCAACACAGUGUUCCCCUUUAGAGUCCACAGGGACCCGACCACCUCGCCCCAGCUCCCCGCCGGCGUGUCCAAACUCGAGCCAUAGGGCAGCACCCGAAUUGGAGACGACACCGCUUGUGGCUCCUGCAACUGCGGUCCAGGCGCCCCUCCUUCCAGACCCUCUGGCGACGGCGACCCGGGCCGCCGCACCCUUCCCGCGAGCUGCCUCCGCUCCUCCCACCGACCGGCUCCCUCCUGCAUCCUCCCUGGGGACGCGGAGGCCUCCGGGAGCCGCGCCCGCGGGGAAGAUCCUCGUAGACCCGGAGAGCGGCCGGUACUACUUUGUGGAGGCGCCCAGGCAGCCGAGGCUGCGGCUACUUUUCGAUCCCGAAAGCGGGCAGUACGUGGAAGUACUGCUGCCACCCUCGCCCUCUCCCUCCCGGCAGCCACGCCAGCCCUGUGGCCCGCUGGCCCUAGGGCCCGGCCUCUACCCGCCCGCCUAUGGGCCUAUCUCUGGCCCAUCACUGUCGCCUCUGCCCCCCAACCUGCCGGCCCUUGGUAGUCUCCAGCUACCCUGGGCUCCUGAGGCUGGACCCCUGGAGGGGAUGUACUACAUGCCCUUGAGCGGGACCCCUAGUCCUGUACCACCGAUGCUUCUCUGUGCCCCACCCUCCAGUUCUGGUCCCAUCCAGCCCAGAAAGGGCUCUGUGUUUCCUUUGUGAAGCCUCGGCCCUUUCCCCAUGGAGUUGGGUUCCCUAGAAGGCUUUGGAAGUUCCAGAUCUCAGUCUCUUUAACUUUUGUCUCCCAUCAAUUCUUUGGCCAGUUCCAGCCGGUCACCAGACCAGAAGUGACCUUAAGAGAAUAUAUCUGCUACCUGGGCUGAUAGUGCGGGAGCAUCGUUAGCAAAUGGCCGGCUGCCUACCCCCCACUCCCAGCAAAAAUAUGUAUCCCUUUCCCAAACCUUCCCAGGGUGUGGUGUAUUUGUGUAUGUGUUUAUGUAGGCAAGCAAAUCUGUCAAAGUGAGAAGCCAGUCUAAGAGGUGUUGUGCUUUCCCAGAAUAGCAGGUGUGGAGCAGCAGGACCCGGGCUGCCUUGGUGAACUGUUUGUAUCUCUCUAACACCGACCCAGUUGAGUGGAGCAGGACAGUGCUGCUGAGAUGAAAGGGAUGGGUGACAGCCAUCAAAUCUGGAUGUGUGCUUUGUCCUGAGUGGCUAUGGGAGAACCCAAUAUGGCCCCAGGGCAGCUUGGGGCAGCGAAUGAGAGCGAUGAGGAUAGCAGCUGGAGAUGAAAUAUGGAUGUUGUAUAAGGAGAUGUGGAGGGUCAGCCCGGAUUGGAAGAGAGAGAGCCGGUGAAAUGGCCCAGGAUUGCUAUAGUCCCUGUAAAGACAGCCAAUGGGACAAGCAGCUCCUCAACAGACAGGCCUGCAGGAGGGACUAGGAGAUGAGGAAGGGAAGAGUACCCUUCUGUGGCGAGGGGUGACUAGGGACAAGUAGUGAAUUAAAGGAUCUUAAGUGGUCAGCAAACGUUUCUCUUGUUUGCCCAUUUCUGGAGUUGAGAGGGCAGGGAGAGCAAGAACCUAGAAAAACAAGUUACUUUAGUUUUGGGAAUUGUUGUUUAACCAAGAUGGAGGAGCUUCAUACAAUGGUGUGGCGGCUGGACCGUGCUUUGAUCCCAGCACUCUGGAGGCAGAGACUGGUGGAUCUUUGUCAGUUCAGGGCCAGCCUACAGAGCGAGUUCCAGGACAGUCAGUGCUGCACAGAGAAAUCCAGUCUCAAAAACAACAAACAAACAGAAAUAGGAUUACAACUAACAGCCCAGAGCAGGGAACCUAACUCCUCCCUCAAGCCCCAGGGCCUGUCUUCUGUAGACCCUGGGAGCCAUCUUGAAGCCAUCCCCACUUACUAGCAAGUAAAAUUGGAUCACCAGGAUGACAAGAGGGAAGAAGGCCGGGCUGUAAUCACAAUGGGUGAGUUAGAGCUGGCGAGAGGAUGGGUGUUCCUAUGUGGAGUAGGCCCAGGGGCCCUGACUGUUAGCUGAUUCCAUGUUCCUCCAGGAGCAGAGGCAACAGUGCCCACACAAGGACUGGCCCUUCCAGCUGCUCAGAGCACAGGAAAGACCCCAAACCUGUGCUCUAGCUGCUCUGAGUCUGGGGUAAACUGAGGGCCAGAGAACAAUCUCUGUGAGGUUGGAGGUGAUCUCUGUGUCAUUUUGAGCCUUGCUGGAGGGGUGUUUUGACAUGAGGUGUUUAGGAAAGGAUGAAGCAAUGCCGGAUAGGCAUUUGAUAGCUUUCUGGUUCCGAGCCUGUGUAGCUAAGAUCUGUUGGAGCUUCUGUCAACCUUGCCCUAGAUUGGAAAUUGGCUAAAAUACACCGUCAAAAUAACCUCAACAUCUCUACCAGAGACACUGGUCCCUAUGACAUGGAGGGACCCGGCCACCCCUAGAAUGUAUCAUCUCGACCUGGUGUGCAAUAAAUGGCUGACCAUGGAGAGCCACGGUGACGGAAAUGACAACCAUGUGUAUGGUCCUAAUUUCCUGCUGCCACCUUUUUAAAACAAAACAAAACAAAAAAAUCA